AUGGCACACCAGGUCAAGCUGCGACCACUCUUACCGCACACCUCGAACCGUCCAAACCCGCCCUCCGACCCAGCCCCGCUUCCAAAGAGAAAGAGACCACAGGUCUCCGCCGCGUGUAAUGGAUGUCGGAAACGGAAAGUCAAGUGCGACGGCGUCAGACCGAGCUGCUACUCGUGCUCCUACUCCAAGAUCCCAUGCGUCUACCCGGUUCCGGAGGGCCUGUCCCAGAGGGAGGCCCAGAAGCAGAAGCUCAGCGACGUCUCCAAGGCGCACGAGAACAGCCACAGGGUGCUCCAGCUACUCAGGGCGAGCCAGGACGGCUUUUCUUAUGAGAUCCUGCAGCAGCUGAGGCAGCCCGGACAUCUCGACGAUGCUAUUCAAGCAAUAGCAGACGCGAGUCUCUUAUUUCCUCAGGGCGACGACCAUGCGCCUGAGAAUGCCGACCCGGGCAUCACCCUGCCCCUGUCCCGCUGGACGACCGUCUCGCACGACGACAAGCUGCUGACCCGGCUACUCGAUCUCUUCUGGGCCUGGGACGGCACCCUCUCCCUCCUCGUAGACCGAGAGCUGCUCGCCGCCGAGCUGAGCACCGGCGUACCGGGGCCGGGCGAGAAGCACCGCUUCUGCUCGCCGCUCUUGAUCAACGCCAUCCUCGCCGUGUCAUCUCUACACUCGACCAGGGACUACUCCGCUUCGGCGGGCGAGGCCCUGAGUCUCUCCCAAAAGUUCGCAGAGCACGCGUUCGACUUGAUCGAGGCGGAAAGGGACUUGGGCUCCCUGACGCUCAUCCAGAGCGCCGCCAUCCUCUGGGUCUACGCCCGUAAUGAGGGGUCGCAGAUCUCGCAGGCCAGGGCCGCAAGACUGGCCGACUUGAUGAGGCAGUUAUGGUCGGCCUUGUUCGAUUCCCUGGAACAGCAGACAUCACGCGACUCCAGGCUCCGGCAGGCCAUCUCGCAGAUCUCGUGGGGGUUCUACUGCUUUUUUGCGUAA